UCAGCCGGUUCCGGUCCCACCCCGCACUUCCGGUCGCCUUCGCUUCCGCUGCGGCCGGUUUCUGCGUCCGCUGUCUCUGGUUCCGCUGCGCUCCAGGUGUUUUUUUCCUGAAGGAAAGUUGCUGCUUCCUAUGUGUCAGGAAUGGCCCUCCCUAUCAUCGUGAAAUGGGGUGGACAGGAGUAUUCAGUGACCACACUUUCAGAAGAUGACACUGUGCUGGAUCUCAAGCAGUUUCUCAAGACUCUCACAGGAGUGCUGCCAGAACGCCAAAAAUUACUUGGACUCAAAGUUAAAGGCAAACCUGCAGAAAAUGAUGUUAAGCUUGGAGCUCUCAAACUGAAACCAAAUACUAAAAUCAUGAUGAUGGGAACUCGUGAGGAGAGCUUGGAAGAUGUCUUGGGUCCACCCCCUGACAAUGAUGAUGUUGUCAAUGACUUUGAUAUUGAAGAUGAAGUAGUUGAAGUAGAAAAUAGGGAAGAAAACCUACUGAAAAUUUCUCGCCGAGUAAAAGAAUACAAAGUGGAAAUUUUGAAUCCUCCCAGGGAAGGGAAAAAGCUUUUGGUACUAGAUGUUGAUUACACAUUAUUUGACCACAGGUCUUGUGCAGAGACUGGGGUAGAAUUAAUGCGACCAUAUCUUCAUGAAUUCCUAACAUCUGCAUAUGAGGAUUAUGACAUUGUUAUUUGGUCUGCAACGAAUAUGAAGUGGAUUGAAGCUAAAAUGAAAGAACUGGGAGUGAGCACAAAUGCAAAUUACAAGAUUACCUUCAUGUUGGACAGUGCUGCCAUGAUAACAGUGCAUACGCCAAGGAGAGGACUAAUAGAUGUAAAGCCUCUUGGUGUUAUAUGGGGAAAGUUUUCGGAGUAUUACAGCAAAAAAAACACCAUUAUGUUUGAUGAUAUAGGAAGAAAUUUUCUAAUGAACCCACAGAAUGGACUAAAGAUAAGGCCUUUUAUGAAAGCACACCUAAAUCGAGAUAAAGACAAAGAACUUUUAAAAUUAACUCAAUACCUCAAGGAAAUAGCAAAAUUAGAUGACUUUUUGGAGCUAAAUCACAAGUAUUGGGAAAGAUAUCUGUCAAAGAAGCAAGGACAGUAGUUACAAGUUGCACUGGCAGUUACUGAAGAUACUUAAGAUCCAGGAACGUCUUGCUUUUGUGCUAGAAAUCAUUAUGAUAGUGCUGGACACUAAAGCAAAUACCAGACUGCUUGUACUUGGUCUUCCAAUAUUUUGUAAAUUUAAUUUUAUAUUUUUUUGAAGAUCAUAGCAAUAUGCUAAAAUAAUUCUUUUUCCCCCAUAUGAAUAUUCGGUUACUGUUGAAAAAUAUUUUCUCCAGCAUUGAUUACUGAUUUUUUUUCCACAAAAAGUAGAGAAAAAUGUACUCAGCAGUGUCAUCUUGUGACUUUUGAAACAAGUUACGUCUUGUGUUUUUGUCUCAUUGACUGUCUGACUAAAUCUAAGAUUACCAAAUCCAUGUUGAAACUAGAGCUUUUCCCUUUAAAACCAAAAAAAAAAAAAAAAAGGUUUUUGAAUAAAGAACCUAGUUUGUUAUGCUUAAAAUUACCAAUAAUCUUUUAUUUUGUUGUCAUAGACACGAUAUCUCUUCUGUACUCCACUAGUUACAGUUCUAAAUUCUGAACUGUGUCAGUUUGGUCUGUAUGUAUGUAUGUGUUCUUUAAGUAAAACUGGAAAACAUCAGUUGUGAUGCCGCUAUGUCCUAGUUUGAGAAAUAGAAAAGAUAAGACUGAAGAAUAAAAUUAAGAAACGAAAGUGUGUCUCUUUGGUGGCUAAGUAGAAACUGUUCUGCCUAAAACCAUUGUCAUAAAAGCAGUUAAAGGCAAUAACUUUUUUAAAAGGACAUAUCAUUGAUUCAACCUUUAAAAGCAUGAACAAAACGUUUUCUUCUGUUCCAGCUUUAUCUUGUCUAAGUGCUAACACUGUGUUUCAGUGAAAAUAUCUAGCCAUAAGAUUAAAAAAAAAAAUUACAGUGCUUAAGCCUGCAGGUAUGUAAUGUGACCACUGUUUUGUGUUGACAGUAUUGCUUUAUACAGUUCUUGUAUUUGAAAGGAAGCGAUCCUUUUAAGGAAACAUGGUGUAUAUUGUUCUUAAGGGACUAAUUUCAGUGGUGUAUAUAAUAAAUAUCUUUUCUUAAAACA